AUGGAACAUGGGAAGGGAGUGCUGACAUUUAGGGAUGUGGCCAUAGAAUUCUCUCUGGAGGAGUGGCAUUGUCUGGACACCGCACAGCAGAAUUUAUAUAGGCAUGUGAUGUUAGAGAACUACAGAAACCUGGUCUUCCUGGAAUGUGGGAAAGCCUAUAAUGAGGCCUCAAACCUUUCUACACAUAAAAGAAUUCAUACUGGAAAGAAACUCUACAAAUGCAAAGAGUGCGGAAAAGCCUUUAACCGGCUCUCACACCUUACUACACGUAAGAUAAUUCAUACUGGAAAGAAACCCUACAAAUGUGAGGAGUGUGGCAAAGCUUUUAACCAAUCUGCAAACCUUACUACACAUAAGAGAAUUCAUACUGGAGAGAAACCCUACAAAUGUGAAGAAUGUGGCAAAGCUUUUAAACAAGUCUCAACCCUUACUACACAUAAGAGAAUUCAUUCUGGAGAGAAGCCCUACAAAUGUGGAGAAUGUGGCAAAGCUUUUAACCAUCAUAAGAUGAUUCAUACUGGAGAGAAAUUCUACAAACCUGGAAGUUGUGACAAGGCUUGUAAGGUAAUUCAUACUGGAGAAAACUUCUACAAGUGUGAACAGUGUGGUUUGUACCUCAUCUCUUACGAGAGUGUUCAUACUGGAGAGAAACCCUAUGAAUUUACUGAAUGUGGGGGAACUGUUACUCACAUGUUGCAUUUUGUCAAACGUGGAAGUCAUGCUGAAGAGAAAUCCUCUGCUUCUAAGGAGUAUUGA